UCUAUUUCGUUAGUAAUUUCGGAAGAUUUUUGCUGUGGCCGCAUGUAUAUUUAAUAGAAUCGGAUAUUUGCAUGUUAAAAAUAAGAGAUACCACGAAAAAUUGUUGAAAAGUAUUUGAAACGGAGUCUCGGUGGGAGGGGUGGAUAGUGAUUGUUUAUAUAAAUGGUGUAUAGUUUUAAUGAACAUUUAAGGAACAGUUAUUGAAGGAGAUUUGGUGGGGUGUGCUGAUGUCACCUCAUAUAAGCCGUUUAUAUUUCGCAGAAUAGUACGGAGGCAGCGUGUUUCCUGGUUUGUUGAAUAGAACGGAAGUAUUCGCGAUAGCAUGUUCCUUGCAUACACCAUAUGCGAGUAUCGUGAAUACUUACCCAUUAAGUAUCACACAUAAUUUUAUCAGCGAACGAAAUCGAUUUAAAUAAUUUUUCGUAAGCUGUAUCUGCAUUAUAGUUUUACGAGAUGAGUUCUUCGUCUUCGAAGUCAGAUAUGACGCCACAGCGGAAGCGUGCUGGCAGGCCACCGAAAGCAACACACCCCAAGCAAGGUAAUAACGAAUUGGCAGUGCCAAGUGAAGGAACCGCAUAUUCAACAAAAUUUUCAGAUAAUUUUGCAACGGUUAUGAGUGGAAAGGAGAGUGAGAAUCUAAUGGAAGUUGAUAGUGCUGCCCUGGCCAUAUCACCCGUUUUGGAUGUGUCAACUGAUACAGGAAAUCCACGUGCGCCCGCUGUGCCAAAUACCAGCGGCGAGUGUCGACGAAGUUCGCGUAAAAAAAUAAUAAAAUUUGACGUUAGAGAUUUACUAAAUAAACAUCGAAAGCCACACAAAAUCCAAAUAGAAGCGCGUAUUGACUCAAAUGCACCCCAAACAUCAAAAACCAUUGCAUCAACAUCCAUGGGCGGUGGUAGUGCUCUCGGUUCUCCGGCGGCCAUUGCUACCACUUCGGACUUGAGUAGUAAACAAAAAGCAUUUAUGGAAAAAUCAGCAAUAUUUCGUCGCAUAUCAAUAUCGGAGCAACAAAGUAGAAUAAAUGCGCCUCCACUACCACCACCUUUGUCGACAGUUCCAACAAUGAGUAUGCUGGGCACAAUAAAUAGAAAAAAUAAUGCUGAAGUCUUAGCCGCGAUGGACCCAGCAAAAAUAGCCCAAGCACGCCGACUUAGUCGCACACAGGAAAUAUUCAAUGCCAGUUUGAUGAAGUCGAAGCAGAACUCUAGUCUGAUUGUCGCACAAAUAGAAAGCAAUAGUUGCAGUUCCAGCAGUGGACUAAUGUGUCAAACAGUCUCGACGCCCCCGCAGCAAAGAAAGGCUACAAGUGCACCUAGCAAGCGCAAAAACAUUUCCAAUUCAUUUGCUUCGUCCACGCCAAUCGUUGAUGUGAAGACUUUCACACCAGAAUCUGGAGUACAAAAGCGUCGAGGUCGUCCGCCGAAAAAUAAAACCCCUACAGCACAAAACACUUCCUCGAGAUUAAGCCAGAAAUCAGCUGAUAAAAUAACGACAAGGGACAAAAAUGUAGAUGAGCACCAAUUCGCAAAAGAUAUAACCAAAGAGUUGGAGAAGAAAGCGACUGUUAGUAAAUCGACUUUGAAUAGUGCCACAAAUUGGAAAGAAUAUAAAGCCAAUUUAAACCGUACCGACAAUAUAACAAAGACCAGCGAAUCAGUGACUAGUAGGCAAAGUGAGGACUUAAUUUUAGAGAUAUCAUCCACCUCAUCCUUAUCUGAACCAGAACUUCAGCCAGACACACCGACGUCUAAAAAUGAAGUAAACGAAUCGCAGCAAAGAAAUUUCGCAUCUGUAUGUAUUUGGCAAGAAAGUGCCAAUGUUUGCGAAACUUCCUCCGCACCAGAAUUUAUUGUGGCCGCUGUUGAAGAGAUAACAACCGAAAAUUCUCAACCUCAUCAAUUUACAUCUUUAGAAUCCGUAAGCCACCUAAAUUCACAAAAAGAUUCUAAUGUGGGAGCAGAAGCUGAUCAAACUACUAUGACUACCACUUUGGAUUUGAAACCUGAAAAAGUGGCAGUAAUCGAAUUAGAUUCUUUCUCAGCGGAAACACAUAAAGGGAUUUCUGUUAACCGUAAGUCGAGUGGUUCGGAAUCAGAAAGCGGCUCGGACCGCAGUAAUAAAAGUUACAAGAAAGGUGAUAAAUUGCGCGUUUCCUUAAAACGCGUAACAAUGCCUCAAAGUAGUGAGCCCACUUCGACAAUAUCACUAUCAUCGGCGUCUAACAGCUGCAGCGAUGUCAUAGUUGGCAGCAGCAACAACAACAAUAGUGGCGAGAGUAACGGUUCUGCUACUGAAUUAAGUACCGUAGCAACAAGUAAAGCUCUCCCUACAAGGCGAUCUCAUCGUUUACCCAAAAGAAGUGUUGCUAACAAAUCGGAAGAGGAAGAAUCCAAAUCAAAAUUAAAAACACCUUUAAAUAAACAUUUUGAUAUAAUAGGUGAGCUCAAAAUGACAGACAUAGAAGCGGAUAAGAAUAAUGCACUGCCAGUUGAAUGUAAUACGUCAAAUACUGCCGUUAAAACGGGCAGUGAGUUCGAGACAUCAGUCGCAGAAAAUAACAACGUUACCGCAAACUUUGUUAGUGAAGCGCUGAUAACGCAACAACCGGUUGGCGGAAGACAAUUAAUAAAAAGGAAUGUACGAAAUUCGCCAGUGGAGUUACCGCCUACCGAACAAGCAAUUGAGGUAUCACAGACUGCUAAUUCUAAUGUUUCAGAUCCCAUGGGGGUGUUACCUGCUGUACAAACUGACACUAUGGAAAAUGAAGAUGAACGUAAAGAGUGUGAGAAGCAAAGUGCUGUCUUAUCAAAUUGCGUGGAUUUUCCUGCUGCAUCGAAUAACACUAAGAAAGAAAGGAUUACUUUGCCAAUAAAAAAACAAGUAAGCAAAUUUAAAAUGUACGAGGCAGCAGUUCACAACGUGGCGGCCAACGUCGAGACAAGCACUUUGUUGGACAUCCUAAAGACUGUUAAAUUGAAUGACUUAACAAUGGGAACGAAGACGUCACAACAUUGUGAUGAGGUGGCCACUACGUCGGAGUGUGAGCAAUUGCAGCCACAAACAUUGGUUCAAGAGGCAGGCAAGAUUAAAGCUACGCGCGCUGAGGAUGGAACGCAUGUAGUUGGUGAUUUGUCAAGUACCAAUGAAUUAAAAUCAAGCGAGCAGCCCAGUGAAGUCAAAAUUGAUACUGAAAGUUCCUCGCAGCAGAGUAUCGUGGAAGAGCUACCAAGAGGAGAGAAGGUUGAAGCAGCAUUUAAAGAUGAGCACGCAAUUGAAAAAAUUUCAAUCGGAAAUUCUGAUGCUUCGUCUAAUAAAAUGUCAAAAAUAAUGGUGGAAACUGAGUUUCCAAACGCAAAAACACUGCCACAGGAAGAGUCACUCACGAAAACAGCUGUUCAAGAUAAAUCUUUAGAAGAGCUGCACAGCGACACUACGGAAGCGAAUACAGAAACAAUUGUUUCCAGGGAGCAAACAGAUUCGCAUACAUCGGGGAUCGCAACAAAAGUUUCGAAUAUUUGUGAGGAGUCUGCGAAUUCAGAGCAACAGUGCUUAACUAAUGAGUCUGAGACAGAGAAAGGGCUGGAUGAGAGUAGCAUGGAAGAAAUAAAUCCAAUGACUGGUGCACAGUUGGCUACCGGUGAACAACCCAAAGUCGGUGCCAAGAAGACACCCUCUCCGACACCUUCGGAAAAUUCCACAGGACAUUCUUCAAAAAAGCCCACUCGGCGUUAUGAAAGGCGUUCACAAAGGGGAGAGGCAACUGCCCAUAAAACAUUAGAAGAGACUUUUGCUGAAAUAGCAGCAGAGAGUUGCAAAGCAGUUUUAGAUUUAAAAGCUAAGGAAGUGGAAAUUCCGGAAGGCAGUAAGGAAAAAGUAACCGAAACUGUAGUGGAAAAUGCUGAAUUGGAAGAGGAUUUAGAAAAGAGAACCUCCUCCGUCAUACAAGAUGUCGCAAGCCCUGUCACACUAGACGCAGAUAAAUCCAAUGAUAGUGUUCAGACAAAUUCAUCUACACUUGUCGAGCCGAUCCAAUCUCCAUUGAAUUCUUCUGAAAGUAAAAAGGUAGAAAUCGAUACCACUGCCACGAGUACGGAACAAAAUAUUAUAAAAGUGGCAGAAGAUGAUACAUCCUCGGAAAUACGCGCUAAGGAUUUGCUUGCUAUUACGGACUUUAGUGUUUCGAAGGCGCUAAUAGCAAAAGAAGACACGGAUAGCAAUUCCAAUCAUUCCUCUCCCUCUCGCCGGCGACGCACGCCGAGGAACCGAAAGGAAACCAAUGCGACCACAUCCAGCAUUGCAGUAGAAUCUAAUGAAAACUCGCAGAAUAGCAGCGAAAGGGACAUACCUUUGACCUCAGAGUGUAAUGUUACAAUAACAACAACACAAGAUAUACAGACGUCAGUGGCAGGCGGAGUUGCAGAAGCCGUAGUGGCAGAGGGAAAUGAAAAAAAUGAGGUCACAACUAAUGACACAACCGAGCAUAGUACUACAAAUGUAAUGGAACAGGAUUUACAUACUUCGAGUGCAGGAAAAGUCGUGGAAUCAGCCGACAGUAUUUCGCAUGAGGCACCGAUUGUAAAUGCAUCAGAAGCCGAACUAAUUUUGGAACCAGCUAUAGUCUCAGACGUUCAGAAUAUCCAGAGCGAUAUGGGCGUAAAGUGCACAGACUUAGAUACAUCAAAAAUCGAACACCAACAAGAUGAUGAUGUUGCGACUGUGAAGCUCCAAACUGAUACAACAACUGAAACGCUUCCCAAAACCACCAAACAACGGCAAGAAAAAUUGAAACCAUCACCAUUAAAGUCUCGCAAGCAGAAAAAAGGAAUGAGCGCGAAGGUUGAAGACUCCGCAGAUAUUGAGCUUGAAAGCAAGAGAAAUGACACGAGCAGUGAUGGUGAUCAUAGCGACGCUACUAAACCGGAAACACAAGACGAAGGGCAGCUAAAAGUUUUAAAAUCGCCUGAAAAUGCGCUUCAAAACGCUUCAGUAAAUAUUCCGCCGAACGUGGUGGAAAUUGUGCCGCCACCUACGUCAAACGACGAAUCGAUGGCUGUUCUUGAAGUAAGCGCUGAUAUUAGCAGCGAAGCAGUAGCACAGAAUGUGGACCAGCAAAUGCUAGAAGAGCGCUCGCAAUCAGGAACACCAAAUGACAAGCCGAAGAAGGUAAAGAAACGCAAGAGUACAAAAUAUCCUUCCGAUGAAAAGCCAGCUGAGGCAAAUGAACCUCGCCCAUCUGCAGUUCUACAGUCUACAGAAGAGCCCAAAAUCGUAGAAUGUAAGGAAAAAAGUAAUGAAGAAGAGGAUGGUAUGGGAAAAACACGAAAGCCGCGUAAAGGCAAGAUCUCAAACGAGCCAAUAGAGGAAGGUGUGAGCAAUGCGGCUAGCGAAAUCGUUGCUUAUCCCAAUUCAGUUGAAGCCGUUGAGAAAGAAGUUUUCGCAAAAGCACCGCCCAAAAAACGCCUACUAAAAAUGCAGAUGCAGCUUGAAGAAAAGUCAGCCUACGAUUCUGCUAGUUCAGAGUUGCCUACUACCAGCACACCUAACGUCGAUAUGAAGCCGUUAACUGCCAAGAAAACUUCGACUGAUUCCAGCAAGUCGAAAGAAUCAUCACAGAAAAAGACGAAGCGAGAGUCACAAACGGCUGAUGAUUUGAAAAAACGGUCCUGCUUAGAGAGCUCUCACGAAUCGUCGAUGGAUGAAGAGAGCCGUUCAGCGACAUCCACUCCUGUAACAAAACAGUUGAAACACCACAAAACUACAGAGAGAACACCUGAGGAUAAAUCAAAAUCCAGCGGCAAAAGAAAGUCCAAGUCGGAUCAAUCGAUUGGCAGUAAUGAGAAAAUAAAUACAGCACACGCUGAAAUUAAGGAUAAAGACAAAUCUUUUACGGUAUCGAAGAAGUCAGAGAAAAAGAAAUUUCUGGCAACUGAAGACACUACAAGUAACGAGCUGGCUAAGAAGAUGGAAGAAAAAAGUGCCAAGAAAAAAAGGCAAAAGAAACUGAAAGAAGCUUUUGAGGCCGCGCUGAAAGAUGUUUUGACCAAAUCGGAGAGUAAUUCCGACCUUGCUAAAGCAAAGGAAAGUAGUGUUGUUACAGAAACUGAUGGUGCGCCAGUGGAGGAAGUGAAAGUAAAAGAGUCGCCGCCCACCGCAGCAGCUGCUGCUACUGAAGACAGUCAAAUUGCGAUUGCCGAAGCCGUCGUAACCAAGGUUCAUGAAGCUGCGUCUGUCAAUGAGCCAGAGGAAGAACCGGAUCCAUUGAAGGAUAUCGAGAAAUUUAUCGAAGAUGGUGUAAAUCUGUUAAAGCGCGGUUAUAAGAUCGACGAGGAUAGUGUGGAUGAAGUUAUUUGCCCGAAAACACUUUUGCAAAAGGAUGAACUCAAAACCGAAGUAGCAAAACAAGAAGAAGCAGCCACCACAGUUGUAGAGGCCAUGCAAACGCCCAAUGAAAGCAUAGCUGGAGAUAUAACACCAGCUGGAAAAUCUUUUGAAGAAGGAACGUCAACUCUUACUGAGCAGCUUUACUACGAAACUCCAGCAGAUACACCAGUAGCCACUCCAACAACAACGCCACCAUCGAAAAGCCCCAUUCAUGAGUCAGCAUUCGACGAGAUAUCUGGUGUGCGGCGUUCGCAUCGUAUCAAACUAAUAACGAAGACACCAAAAGCACUUGUGGGACGCGGCUUGGUGCGCGAAAAAGAACGAUUCUCAAUAAAAGAUGAUGUAGAAAUGAAAACUCACUACAGUCUGGAUGACCACCUCACAGAUCUGGCUCAUGUAGAGGCGAAGAAUGCCAAGUUUCUCAAGGAGAUGGAAGAGCGUUUGAGCAACUUUCACGUUAUUAAAGAGAACGAGUACAAAUGCGAGCGUGUGGUUAGUAGAGAAGCGCGCAAAAUGUUGUGCGAUUGUUUCUUGACAGCCGAAGAGGAAGAGCGUGGCGAGUUGGGCUGCGGCGAGGAUUGCUUGAAUCGAUUGCUUAUGAUAGAGUGCGGUCCCGACUGCAACGUGAAAGAUCGUUGUACAAAUAAACGUUUUCAGAAACUUUUAUGUUCACCGUGUCGCGUUUUUCGCACAGAAAAAAAGGGCUUCGGCAUAAUGGCUGACAUUGAAAUAUUGCCGGGUGAAUUUAUUAUGGAAUACGUGGGUGAAGUGAUUGAUGGCGAUGAGUUUGAACGCCGACGUACAGCUUAUUCCUUGGAUAAGAAUCGUCACUAUUAUUUUAUGGCGUUACGUAGUGAUGCCAUAAUAGACGCCACCAUAAAGGGUAAUAUAUCGCGCUUCAUAAAUCAUUCUUGCGAUCCGAAUGCGGAGACGCAAAAGUGGACUGUGAACGGUGAAUUGCGUAUAGGAUUCUUCAGUCGCAAGUCCAUAAUGCCGGGUGAGGAGAUCACGUUCGACUACCAGUACCAACGGUAUGGCAGAGAGGCACAGCGCUGUUAUUGCGAGUCGGCAAACUGUCGCGGCUGGAUUGGUGAGGAGCCCAAUUCGGACGAGGGUGAACAAAUCGACGAAGACAGUGAUGCCGAUAACUUGGCAGAUGGCAGUGACGAAGACGAGAGUGACGAAAGCAUUGCUGAUACCGAAGAUGCUCCCAAACGUUUAGAAAUUGAUGCGACUACAGGCAAACCAACGAUAAGCGCAGAUGAAGGUGGAAAAUUGAAAUUGGACGAGAAAGUGGAUGCAUCGAGUAAAGACAAGCGGAAGAAAUUGGACGAGGAUGAACUGAGAGAUGGUGAUGACGAUGCUAAGGCUAAAGUUAAGAAGUUGUCAGGCAAAUCCACAGAUAAAGUAUCACGAAAAAAGAAACAAAAUAAGGAAAAGAAAGAGAAGAGACUACGUACAACUGCCUCAGGUGAACCGACCAAAACUGCACGCUAUUUGGAAGACCCCGAUAUUGAGGACGAGGUCAAGUUCCUUAGUCGCGGUGGGUUACGAAAUCAAUCGGAUACAUUGCGUUUUUCGCGUUUGGUUGUGCGCGCUAAAUUGCCACAAACACGUCUUAAUCUGCUGAAAAUCCUACGCAGCGCAGAAGUGCCGUGUCGCCGCCUAUUUUUGGACUAUCACGGGUUGCGUUUGCUGCACGGCUGGAUGAGCGAGGACGGUGGCGAUAUGGCUAUACGCCUGUCACUCUUAGAGGCGCUGGAGAGUUUGCCUAUCGCAAAUAAGACUGUACUCACUGAUAGUAAAGUUUAUCAGAGUGUACGCAAUUGGUGCGGCAAUGCGCUGCCAGCUGCUAUUGCCCCGACUGGCAACACUUCGUCACCCAGCGACGAGUCAUCCAAGGAAAGCUCGAGCAGCAACUCGCAACAGGAGAUAGUUAGUGGACAGGAAGUACCAUCCGAAUUGCAAAAGCUGGCUAUGAAAUUAACUGCUGCAUGGAAUAGUUUGCCGGAAAUAUUCCGCAUACCGAAACGUGAGCGCAUCGAACAAAUGAAAGAGCAUGAACGCGAAGCCGAUCGACAGUUUGCAGAAGCCUCUGUUGACACUAGUCGAUCUGUUAUGAGUGAUCGUUAUCAUCGGGAUCGAUUCGGACGUGGUCCUGCAACUUCCCGUUAUUCCAAACCAAGUUUCAGCAAAGACAUACGAAACAACAAUAUAACGGUAGUAGGCUCAAUGCCUGUCAGUGAUCCGCGUAGACGACCGGCACAGGACAGCAAUAACUCGAGCAACGACAGCACGAAGCAUUUGUCGAAGGAGCAAAGGCGAGAGUUGUUCGCAGCCAAGGUAGCACGCGAUGAGGCUGAGAAGCGCAUGGCUGAGGAGCGUCGAGAAUUCGAAACGAAGUGCCGUUUCUUUGGAUUGGAACCCAAGAAGACGCGCCCACAGGAUGUCCCUUUCUGUGUAGACCCCUCAACAGGACAAUGGUAUUCCGUGGCUCGCCAACCAAUACCCACUCCGCCAUGCUAUGCGCACGUACAAGUGCAGCCGAAGCCAAAGUCUACAGAUCCAUCAGACUACAAGUUACCUGCGGUGGUUUCCAGCUUGCCGCGUUUAUGGAAAUACGCCAUUACCCCGCAAGGCCAAAUCUAUUAUUAUCACGCCAAGCAACGUGUACCACAAUGGCAUCCGCCCACGCCAGAACAAUUGCGUGCCGUAGUCGAUGAGGCAGACAGCUCGGACAGUGAGUCUUGUGAGGAAGCCAAAGUAGUCAACGAAAGCAGCGAAGAUGAUGAUGUGCUGAUGGGUAUGGAUGAAGCACAACUGAAGGCAUUUAUUGACAGGAAGGUGGAAAAUCGUAGGCACAAGCGCUACAACCGAUUGGUAGACGAACGUCCUAUUAGUCCCCGCAAAGAAGAAGAUCGCAUUUACAACCAAAUGGAGAUGCGCAAAUACAAAGAGAAUAAAGAGAAAAUACGCAAACGUAAAGAAGAAAUUCGGCGUAAGCGCCUCGACGCACUAAAAGCCAAUCCAAAUGGUACUGGAGAGAAUGCAAAUACUGAUGUGACCGGCUCCAAAUCCAAAAAUAUUAAUGACUCCGACGACCCGGGUGGUGCGAUACCAAUACAGGACUAUUUGCUGUCAUCCGAUGAAGAGGACAUGAUGAAGGCCGAAUGCGAUAACAGCCCAUUGUUGGACAAAAUUGUACAAGGUGACAAGAUUGUCGACGAAUUGGAUGCACUCACGACAAAGCGUACGCUCAAACGUCCAUUGCCGCCACAUCGGGAUCUCAGCGCUCAGCCGGGUCAGACGAAUGCCAGCAGUAGUAGUGGUAGCGGUGGCGGUAGUGAGCAUAAACGACGAAAAUCGGAUAAGAAGGAUAAAAGUAAAAAGAGCAAGGACUCGGAUUCGAAGUAUCGUCGAAAUAAAGAAAAGUUCCGUUGCGAAAUAGCGGGGAUUAUUGUGCAACAUUUGAAACCAUACCGCAAGGAGUCAUGUGCAAUGGGUCGCAUACAGAGCGACGAAGAUUUUAAUCACCUAGCACGAAAGCUGACACACUUCGUCAUGGUGAAGGAGCUGAAGUAUUGUGAGUCGGUUGGUCAGACACUUGUCGUCACCGAGUCUGUUAAGAAUAAGUCCCGCGAAUUCAUUAAGAAGUAUAUGGCGAAAUACGGCGGCUCAUAUGUGAAGCCCGCCAAUGACCCGGAGUUCAAGGAGAUACCAUUUUCCAUUUAAACAUUUCAUUUUUUUUUUGUUUUAAGCGGUCACUACCCAUUAAGCAAUCUAACUGGUAGUUAGUUUAUUUUUAAAUUUUGUAAACAAACAGGGUUGUUAUUCCAAAAUCUUUAUUAAUAAGCACUUCUCCAUGAACUGUGCGCCUAGCAUAGGAGAUGCUAAAAAAUGCAUGUUACGCAUGGGAGUUGUUUUCCUUAAGCGCGCAUUUCAAAGGUGCCCAAUUUAUUCAUAGAGAUUUAUUUUUUUUUUGCAUUGAUAUAGCAUUAACGUCGACGUCGCCAAUCUUACAAAAAUCCUGUUGCGAUAAAUCGGAUUUCGUGUCUACGUUUCUAAAUAUUCCCAAAACGUAGCUGCAUAUCGCUUUCUUACUGGUUUAAUGGGUGACUUCGAAAUAAUAUUUAAAAAAAAUUUAAUAUAAUUGUAAUGCUUAGUAUAUUUUUUUCUUUAGUUGUAAACCAAUAUGUAUGUAUUCCCUUUUUACGUCGUAUGAACGAGGGUGUAUUUUUAGAGAAUACGGAAAUAUUGUUUUUAUGUUAUAAUUAGUUACAUUUUACGAGAUAAAUUCACCGCAAACAUAAUUAUGUAAACCUUGCUGAGAUAAGCAGUAACUUUAACUAUGUUCUAGAGUCAAUAAAAGUGAAAUAAUGAAAAC